AAUCAGAUUUUAUAUUCAGUUACUACUCAGUACUCAAGCUGUUGUUUUUGAUCAAAUACUUUUUACUCUUACUUAAAUUAUUUCUAGGGAGCCGGUUAUUGGUUUGACUUGAGUAAAUAUAUAUAUUUUUUCAUGUUGCUUUUACUUGAGAACAAAUAUGGUUUCAUUCUGUCUUCAUUUCUGUGCUGGACUCUGAAGUAAGAUUGCAGUUCUGACAAUGAGCCAACAGGUGGCGACGUUUAACAAUCACAAACCUUACGCCAAACCAAAAUCAAACUGUUUUUCUCUGAUUUAUCUUGCUGGCUGUACAUAUAACCUGUACAGACAUAAGCUACGUGUACAGAUCAUAGACAUAAUAUAUCCUAUUGUGACAUAUUCACACUUUGAAUUUUUAUGACACAUUGUGUGUCAUAUUCCUAUAUGCCUUAUAUUAUGUCUAUGGUGCAGAUAAAAAAGAUGGCGUUUUUAAACAAAAGAAGAAGACAAUGUCUUCUGUGAUUGGCUUUAGAAAAAAGGAAGUGACUCACCUUUCAAGAACAAACUGUUAAGCGGGAAUAAAAAAGUCCAUAUGUACAACCUGUUGAAACAGAAAACGAGUUAUAGAUUUAGAUAUUGUGCACGAAGAAGAAUAAAUGAACACCAUAGUAAGACGGGACUGAAAGGUUGUUUUUGUGAGUGUUUGGUAUUCUGCUAUGAAUCAGCUUCAGCUGGAUGUUCUUGCAAGGGAAACAUUGCCACCUGGGGAGGAUGAAACGCAAAGGAAAACUCAAAGGUCAGAGAUCCAGCAGCACAUUGAAAAUUCUGUUAAACACGAAACCGAUCUAGGACCGGUUCCAGUCCCUGACCCAAGCUGUGUGUCCAUGAAAAGUGACUGGUCCAUGCAGUCUCCUCCCUAUUUCAGUGCAUCCGUUGAUGAAAGAAUCAAUGCCAAAAAUCACCUUUCAGGUGUUAGCUGUGCUUCGUCCUGGACUAACAGCUCAAAAGAAGACAUCAUUAAUUUUAAAGCACUUCCAUCUGCUGAUCAAAUAAGUCAUCAUAGAAAAGACUUAUUUUCCUUUCAACCAAAUGACAGUGACUGCCAUCUAAAGGGAUGUGAACCUUCUACAAAGAAGAGAAAACUGGCCUGUUCAGACUGGACUGAACCUGAUCUCGAACCUGGAUUCAAAAAUAGUGAUUCACGCUCCAGAAAUGGACUCCAUGAUGCAAAUCACAGAUUUGAAAAUGAGAGCAUGAAGUUUACGAGGCACCAAUCAACCCAGCAGCACUUCAACUCCAUAUUUAUGGUUUUGGAGGAAAACAUUGUUGCUUUUGUGAAGAAUGAAUUGAAUCACAUUUCUAAGGCUGUGGCUUCAGGUUGCCCAGAAGACGGUCAAAGCAAUGUGAAGGAUGUGUCGAAGGGUGAGGAUGAAGAGCAGAAGAGGAGCAGCAGAGAGGCAGUUCUGAAACUUGCCAUGAACUUCCUGAGGAUGAUGAAGCAGGAAAAGCUGGCUGACCUUCUACAAUGUGGGACUAGUGCUGCAGUUGGUCAACGUAAGCUUAAAUCUAAGCUGAAAAAGAGCUUCCAGUGUGUGUUUGAAGGGAUUGCUAGAGAAGGAAACCCAAUCUGUCUGAAUCAGAUUUACACAGAGCUCUUCGUCACAGCGGGCGGGAGAACGUCAGUCAGCGAUCAACAUGAGUUCAUGCAGAUCGAAACCGCGAGCAGAAACCCAGACAAAGGAGAAACCAAAAUCACGCACGAACAAAUCUUUGAGAGUUCGCCUGAAAAACUUCGACCGAUCAGAGCGGUGAUGACGAAGGGGGUGGCUGGCAUUGGCAAGACAGUCCUGACACAGAAGUUCGCUCUGGACUGGGCUGAAGACAAAACCAACCAGGACGUCCACUUUGUGUUUCCAUUCAUGUUCAGAGAACUAAAUGUGCUGAAAGAGAAGAAGUUCAGUUUGAUGGAGCUUGUUCAUCACUUCUUUACUGAAACCAAAGAAAUCUGCGAGUUUGAAAAGUUCCCAGUUGUUUUCAUCUUCGACGGUCUGGAUGAAUGCCGACUUCCUUUGGACUUUCACAACAACGAGAUCCUGACGGAUGUGGCGCAGUCUGCGUCAGUGGAUGUGCUGCUGACGAAUCUCAUGAGAGGGUACUUGCUUCCUUCUGCUCGCCUCUGGAUAACCACGCGUCCCGCAGCAGCCAAUCAGAUCCCUCCCGAGUGUGUUGACAUGGUGACAGAGGUCAGAGGGUUUGCCGAUCUGCAAAAGGAGCAUUACUUCAUGAAGAGAAUCAGGGAUGAGGAGCAGGCAAGGAGGAUCAUCUCCCACAUCAAAACGACGAAAUCGCUCCACUUGAUGUGCCACAUCCCCGUUUUCUGCUGGAUCACAGCCACAGUUCUGGAGGAAGUGUUCAAAACCAGGGACGGAAAAAAGCUGCCAAAAACUCUGACCGAGAUGUACAUCCACUUCCUUGUGGUUCAGACCAAAGUAAAGAGUUUGAAGUAUGACGGAGAAGCUGAGUUGGAUCACUGGAGUCCAGAGAACAGAAAGAUGAUCAAGUCUUUGGGAAAACUGGCAUUUGAGCAGCUGCAGAAAGGAAACUUAAUCUUUAAUGAAUCAGAUCUGGAAAAUUGUGGCAUAGACAUUCGAGCAGUCUCCGUUUCUUCAGGAGUGUUCACUCAGAUAUUCAAAGAGGAGAAAGGAGGUCUGUACCAAGACAAGGUGUUCACUUUUGUGCAUCUGAGUGUUCAGGAGUUUCUAGCUGCUCUUUACGUCCAUUUGAUGUUCUUCAACUCUGACGUCAAUCUUCUGGAAGACGAGAACUCAUCUGAGUUUGAGGAUUUCUACCAGAGUGCUGUGAAUAUAGCCCUCAAAAGUCCCAAUGGACAUCUUGACUUGUUCCUCCGCUUCCUUCUGGGCCUUUCACUGCAGAGCAAUCAAACUCUGCUGCAAGGCCUCCUGAGAAAGACGAGUGUCAGUCCACAGACAGAUAUUAGCCCAAUUACCAUUAAAAAUACAAGUAAUUACAUCAAAAAGAAGCUAAACGAAGGUAUUUCUGUAGACAAGAGCAUCAGUUUGCUUUACUGUCUGAAUGAACUGAAUGAUCUUUCAUUAGUGGAAAAGAUUCAAGAGUCUUUGGCGUUGGAGCAACUUUCCACAGAUGAGCUGUCACCUGCAGACUGGUCAGCACUCGCGUUCCUUUUGCUGUCCUCAGAAAAAGACCUGGAUGUGUUUGAGCUGAAGAAAUACUCUGCUUCAGAAGAGGCUUUCCUGAGGCUGCUGCCUGUGGUGAAAGCAGCAAACAAAGCUCUGCUGAGUGGUUGUAACCUGUCAGGAGGAAGCUUUGAAUCGUUGUCCUUGGUGCUCAGCUCCCACCCAUCUGUCCUGAGAGAGCUUGACCUGAGUAACAACGACCUCAAGGACUCAGGAGUGAAGCAGCUGUCAGCAGGUCUCAGGAGUCCUAACUGCAAACUGGAAAUACUCGGGUUGAGUGUCUGUAACCUCAACAAGAGGAGCUGUGAGAUGCUGUCCUCUGUGCUCAGCUCCAAAUCCUCGGUUCUGAGAGAAAUGGACCUGAGCAACAACGACUUGCAGGAUGCGGGAGUGAAGCUGCUCUCUUCUGGACUGGAGAGUCCUCACUGCAAGCUCCAAAAGCUCAGACUGUCUGGGUGUUUGGUCACAGAGGAGGGAUGCAGGUCUCUGUUCUCAGCGCUGAGCUCCAACCCGUCCCAUCUGACAGAACUGGACCUGAGCUACAACCAUCCGGGAGAGGCGGCAGGGAAACUUUUCUCUGCAAAGCUGCAAGAUCAAAACUGGAAACUGGAUGUUUUAAGGAUGGAGCCUUUUGGAGAACGAUGGCUGAGACCCGGCCUGAGAAAAUAUUACUUUAAGACCACAUUUGACCCAAACACUAUUAACAGACAGAUAAAACUGUCUGACGACGACAGUAGGGCCGUUCAUGUGAGAGAGGACCAGUCAUAUCCUGACCACCCAGAGAGAUUUCAGGACUGCCCUCAGCUGCUGUGCAGUGAGGAUCUGACUGGUCGCCACUACUGGGAGGUGGACUGGAGCGGCUGGGUGGAUGUUUCAGUGAGUUACAGAGGAAUAAGCAGGAGAGUGGAGAGAGCAGACUGCAGGUUUGGUGGGAAUGAGCAGUCCUGGAGUCUGAGCUGUUCAGAUGGGGGUGGGUACUACGUUUACCACCAGAAAAAAAGAUCAUUUAUCUCACACUCAUCCGCUGCACCCAAGAAGGUAGCGGUGUAUGUGGAUUAUCCGGCUGGAAGUGUGUCAUUCUUCAGAGGCUGUGGUGAUGCUCUGAUUCACCUCUACACCUUCAGCACCACCUUUACUGAACCUCUGUGUCCGGGGGUCGGCUUUAGAUUCAGGUUCAGGUCCAAGACUGAUUCCUUUGCAUUGUUAUACUCCGUGUGAUUACGUUUUACAAUGACUGACCCGAUGGCUCAGUCUACCACCCACCCACUAUGUAUUGAUUUAUAUUUGAUGUCUGUUUUGGUAUGUUUUACUGUUUAUAUUUUUUUUUGUACUUGCUGCAGUGUCAGUUGCCCAUUUGGGACCCAAAUAAAUGUGAAUCUGAAUCAGCAAAUUAAUCAUUCACAGAACAGAAAUACAUAAGAGUAUUAGGGGCACAAUAAGAAAAUGAAAAAAUAAAAUAAAGUCAUAGUAUUACAAGAAGAAAGUCAUAGUAUAACGAUUUUAUUCUUUUAAUACUAGAGCUUUAUUCUCGUAAAACUGACUAUUCUUUUAGGUUGUAUUCUUGUAAUGUGACUUUAUUCUCAUAAUUUCAUUAACUCUUUCUUAUUAUGGUCCGAAUACUCUGCUGUAGUUUAAAAUAAUAUUCUAAGUAACUCUGAAAAUAUGUCAUCAGCAAAAGCAUGAAAAGUGAUAAAAUCUAUUACAUUUAUCUUUAACGUAACGUAACGUCAGCAGGUGAAAUAGCUGGAAUACUUUGUGUUGUGCGUGCUGCCCUCUGGUGGACAUUAUGUGGAAAGACAUUACAGCUGGUGGAAAAAAAAAGUUUUUACUGUAGAAAUGAUCUAAGAGACAUUAUUUAGCUGUGGGGGAAAAAAACUAAAAAUCCCUGUAGAUUACUUUGUAAUAAAAUAAAUGUAUGUUUUUUGACCAA